CCUUAAUUAAAGAAUGAUUAAUGACUUUGGCGUGAUACUUGAGGAAAGUUGAGUGAUUCAUACUUUUUCUAGUUCAUAUAUUUUUUUUAAAAGGUUGUAUCAGUUGUCUGAUCUUAAGGUUGUGUCAUUUGUCUGAUCUGUGGUUCAACUGCCCUUCUUUCUUCACUGUCAAAUUCACAACAGUUCUGAUAAGAAAAAGGAAAAGAGAUGUUUCCCCUUGAGGCGCAAAGGAUCGAAUCGAGUUCCUUGAAAGGGAGUUGAAAUUCCUGGAUAUUUUCCUCAAUUUGCAGAGCUCCAAAGCUAAAUGUGAUACUUUGGAUGUCACACAAAAAGCACAAACUCUACUUCACGAUACUCGAGUUGCUCUUUCCUCUCUUAAUUUGACUUCUCCAAAUUUUUAUCCGUCCAUCUAUCAGAUGGAAGACGACAUUUGUUUGAUCAAGUCGGAGAUCAGAGCCAAUUACUCCUUUCCGAAAAUAUCAUUGCCACUUUCAACCAGCAAGAAUGGUGUUGCUAUUUCUGAAAUUGUACGUGAAUUCAUGGGCACUGUUGUGUGUAUUCUCAGUGAUUUACUGAAUUUUCAUGAUGGCCGUUCUGUACUUUUUGUUCCAGGACCCAAGGAACAAAUAAUAGAGGUUUUAGAAGAGUUGAAGUCUCUGAGAGCUUUUGUCUGCUUUGUUGCAAAGAGAUGCGGCAAAGAGCCUCAGAGUUGCCAUCAUGAUUUCUUCACUCAUAUUUUUGUUGUGGCUGGCCAUGCAGCCAUGCUUGUAUGGUUGAGUUUACCAGGCACUGACAAUGGAACUCAAGACUUGGCUUCUGGUGAAAUGAAUGCUUUGCUUUCUGAUCACCUACGAAUGAGGAUUAAGCCUAUUGAGCCAAGUAUCUGCAAGAUCUACGUUGAUGUUCUGCAAGCUUUAAAGUCAACAUCACAAUCAGGAUGGCGUCCCGAUAUCCAAAAUGAGAAUACAACAAACAUUGAAGCUGGCUUUUUGGAGACUGUCCUGCACAACUUGGUAGAGCUGCCAGCAAUUGGUAACUCUACAGUUGCUUUGAAAGAUGAAACAGAAAACCUUCAGGAGAUGCUCAACCUCUUGCGAGCCAAUCUCCCCUAUAUGCCGAUGCAACAUCUUGAAUCUCAUUUUGAAGAUCUCCACCUUGUGAUUAUUGAUGCUGGAAUUCUAGUUUACUCGUUAUAUGAUGUUGCAUCGGCCAAAGUGAACCAAGCAGUGCUUGAUUUUCCCGGAAACAUUCAGCAUUUCAACACUGUGAUUUAUCCCAUUGUUCAGAAGGUAUUCCAAUCUAAUUUGCCACGUAUUCAUGGAAUAGGCUAUGUUGAUUUCCUUUUAAGCAGCCUGAAUGAGUUUCAAGGUCAUUAUUCAAAGUCACUUGUUUCUAUCAAGAACCAACUUCAAAUAAUUCAGAAGGAACUUGAGAGCGUGCAACCUUUUCUCAAGGAUGUUGCAAAAGAGCGACAUAAGCACCACGAAAUUCAACAUUUGGCUCAGUUAGUGAUUGGCACAGCAUAUGAAGUGGAAUAUAUAGCCGAUUCUUUUAUCAGCAAAGAAGUUCCCGAGUGGUGUCUUGAGCGUUGGCUCGUUGAUAUCAUAGAGGAAAUUAAACUUAACAGUGCAAAAAUAGAUAUUCAAUUGAAGAAAACACCUGCAGUUGACAUAGAUGCAGCCGCUGCUCAUACAUCAUCAGAAUCUACGUCCCCAAAGAAUGAAGAAAUCGUGGGCUUUGAUCAUAUCGUUCCAGAAUUAAGAAAGAAGCUAACUAAAGGAUCCCAACAGCUAGACGUCAUCUCGAUUGUCGGCAUGGGCGGACAAGGUAAGACGGCAUUGGCCAACAAACUCUUUAAUGAUGACUCAGUUAAAUCUCGAUUUGAUAUUCGGGCACAAUGUUGCGUAUCGCAAGAGUAUUCCUGUAGGUCCAUUUUAUUGGCCAUUUUACGUGAUCUUUCUUGUGAUGACCCUGCUACUAGUGAAUUGUCCACUGAAGAUCUACGAGAUAAGCUUCAAAAAAUUUGUAAAGUGAGAAGAUAUCUCAUCCUUAUCGAUGACAUAUGGGAAGCUAGUGUGUGGGAAGAUUUACAGCCUUGCUUUGCGGAUGUUAAUAACGGAAGUCGAAUUAUUCUAACAACACGACAAGUUGAAGUUGCCAACUCAGCUAGAAUUUCUUGUGAGCCCUUUCAUCUUCCUAUGUUUAAGGAAGAUGAAAGUUGGAAAUUGCUGAAAGAGAAAGUGUUUGGUAAAGAAGGAUGCUCUCCUGAUCUUGAAAAAGUUGGGCUAGAAAUAGCAAAGAAGUGCGCAGGGCUGCCUCUUUCAAUUGUUUUGGUGGCUGGUAUUCUUGCAAAGGAAAAGAAUGAACGAUAUUGGAGACAAGUCACUAAGAAUUUAGGUUCCCACAUUCAAAGUGACACAAAGGCUAUAAUAGAGCACAGUUAUAAACAUUUACCCCAUCAUUUAAAGCUUUGCUUCCUUUAUUUUGGAGUAAUUUCAGAAGACAAAACGAUCAAUGUUUCAGACUUGACAUGCUUGUGGAUCGCAGAAGGAUUCAUAAAAAUUGAUAAAGAGAAGAGUUUGGAGGAUGUAGCAUCAGAUUACUUGGAGAAUCUUAUUGGACGAAAUCUAGUGAAAAUUGCAAAAAGGAGUAUUGAUGGCAAGGUCAAAGCAUGCCAGAUCCAUGAUCUAUUGCUUGAUUUCUGCAAGGAAACAGCUGAGCAGGAAAAGCUUCUACUCUGCAUAGAUAGGUACCAAAGUGCCAAUCCUCCACCUGGCAUCUACUCACACCGGCAGCUAGCUCAACGUCGCCUGUCCAUUUAUGCUAACAAGAAUGGUCUUGCAAAAUGGAGUUCGUCUUGCUCACUUGUUGAUUCUGUACUUUGCAGGGAUCAUAUCAUAGAAAACCUCUCUCCAACCUCGCGCAUCUUUCAGAAAUUCAAGUUUCUAAAAGUGUUGGAUCUGAAGUUCAUCAUUGUUGAUUCUUUCCCAACAGAGCUGUUUUAUUUGAGGUAUUUUGCAGUACGAACUGCGAAGAAGUCAAUUACAUCAUGCAUAAGUAAUCUAUGGAACCUUGGGACUUUGAUAGUCAAAGGGGAAGGGACAGACUUGUCACUACCGUUUACACUCUGGAAGAUGUCUAAAUUGAGAACUCUGCAUAUUUGUGACAAUGCUUAUUUCACCAUUAGUGGUGCAGCAGAAGAAUCACUUGAGAACUCCAAUCUUGACAAUUUGGAGACUCUUUCCUGUCCAUGUUUUUCUUGUGCGGAGGAUGCAGAAUUUGUAUUGGGAAAGACGCCAAAUAUUCGGAAUCUGAGAUGCUCAAUUAAGUAUCCUGAAGGAAACUUUUGGGUCCUUCAAUUGGAAUUUCUAACACAGCUUAAGACGCUCAAGGUUCAUUUUGACGUGCAUUCAGCCAUAGCUGGUGCUUGCAUCUUCCCCUCAAGUCUCAACAAAUUGACUUUGUACACCAUUUCCUGGGGCACUGGUUCAGAGAUUGCUAUGCUUCCCAAUCUUCAGGUACUUAAACUGGUAAAUGUUGAGUUUGAUAAAGGCGAAUGGACAGUGAACGACAAUGAGUUCCCUAAACUCAAAGUCUUGAAAGUAGUAAACUCUGAUAAUUUUAAGGAGUGGAAUGUCUUGGAUGAUGCCUUUCCUUGUCUUGAACAUUUGGCAUUGCAUAAAUGCCAAUAUCUUAAGGAGAUCCCCUCUUGGUUCGCGGAAAUCGCUUCUCUCAAGUUUGUUAGGGUAAGGUCUUGCAAUGAAGCUCUUGUUGCUUCAGUCAAGGAGAUCAGGACAAUGCAAGUUGAAGAUUACCAAAGAUCUGAAUUCCAGAUCUUCGUUGACUAGUAGAAUAUGGAUUGUUUAUCAGGUACACUACCGGAAAAAUGCACCUACCGCUAAAUUCCUUACUUAUAUUCUAAUAUCUUGCUUAUACUUUGUUUGACAACUUUUCUUGAGCGUUUAUAAUUUAUUUAUCUAUUGGGGGUUACUGUUAUAUCU